AAGAGCUCAACAGCCGGGCCUUCAGAGCUCAUAACUCCUCCAGGGGGAAGAGUCUAAAAAAGCACAGUCUCCCAGUGUCAGCAAAGAUCAAGGUCUUGGAAAACCACUUGCCUGGGGAAUCUUCACCUUUGGCAGGUCCAAAUAGAAAGAUGUCCUUGGAGAAAAUGAAGGAUCUCCACCUGGAGGGAAAAGACAUACAACCAGAAACCCAAGAGGUGGACGGAGUCCUCAUGACCAAGCUGAUAAGUGAUAACUGGGACAAUAUCUGGAAUUUCCAAGCAAAACCUGAUGAUCUCCUCAUAGCAACCUAUGCAAAGGCAGGCACCACCUGGACACAGGAGAUUGUGGACAUGAUCCAAAAUGAUGGAGACGUGCAGAAGUGUCAAAGGGCCAACACUUUCGACCGGCAUCCUUUCAUUGAGUGGACUCUGCCACCACCCCUCAACUCAGGUUUGGAUUUGGCCAGCAAAAUGCCUUCUCCUAGAACUCUGAAGACUCAUCUGCCUGUUCAGAUGUUACCACCUUCCUUCUGGAAAGAAAAUUCAAAGAUAAUCUAUGUGGCUAGAAAUGCAAAGGACUGUCUGGUGUCCUACUAUCAUUUCUCAAGAAUGAAUAAAAUGGUCCCUGACCCUGGUACAUGGGAGGAAUAUGUCGAGACAUUCAAAGCUGGAAAGGUGCUGUGGGGCUCCUGGCAUGACCAUGUAAAGGGAUGGUGGGAAGCCAAGGACCAGCACCGCAUCCUUUACCUCUUCUAUGAAGACAUGAAGGAGGACCCAAAGAGGGAAAUUCAGAAGAUAUUAAAGUUCCUGGAGAAAGAAGUAUCAGAGGAAAUUCUGAAUAAAAUAAUCUAUCACACCUCCUUUGAUGUAAUGAAGGAAAACCCAAUGGCCAACUACACCACUUUGCCAACCAGUAUCAUGGACCACUCCAUCUCCCCUUUUAUGAGGAAAGGGAUGCCUGGGGACUGGAAGAACCAUUUUACUGUGGCCCAAAAUGAAGAAUUUGAUAAGGACUAUGAGAAGAAAAUGGCAGGCAGCACCCUCACCUUCCGCACAGAAAUUUAAGGCAACCAGGGAGUCGGUCAGGAUGACUUUGCUAGAUUUUUGACAUCUGAGCCCUGUUGCUCAAAGGAUACUUAAAACAGUGACACCUGAUUUUUUUCCCCCAAUCCUAAGCUUUUGCACAAUAUCUGUAGGUCUUAUGCCACUAUUCUAUACUUCAUCAAAAUUUAUCAAAUCCUGGCCAGAAGAUUAAAAUGAAAUUAUAUGAUUGCUCAUGUAGAUAUUGAUUACAUUAUGAUCUAUUUAUGUAUAGUUUGGAAAAAUAAAUGCAUACUAGUUUAUAAUAGCCCAAUCUUCUGGAGUCAAAACUCAUGGAAAACGAGAAACUAAGAAGAAUAGAACUUCAAAAUAAGAGAAAGUGAUUGAGAUGUAAAGAGGAUGAAGCGUAGUAGGGAAAGCAUGGAAAGGGAACUGAUAUUGAUUACUGUCAAAAAUGAGAGAUGGAGAUUGCGCCAACUCUUAGAGAUAUGAGGGCUUGCAGAGGGGCAGGUGAUAAAUAGCAGAAGGUAAGCCAGUGAACUUGGUCUGCUCAGGUGGUAUCAAGUUGAAGAUGGUCUCACAACCAGAAAGAAAGACUCAAACUGCAAUGAGUAGUGGGAAGCACAGGAUACGUAAGAAGCAGCCCUUUUCAGUGGUCUGCACUGAAGUCAGAUGUACUUCAGAGAGAGGAAGAGAGAAUCGAAUUAGCCCAAGAAAAAAUAAAACAAAAUACCCAGAAAUGCAUGCACUUUAAGAAAAAAUUGAAUAUCACAUCUCUGGGGGAAAAUCAUGUUUUACACUUCUGAAAAAGAGGGCUCCUAGAAAAAUGGUCAGAAUUACGAAAUUGUUCAGCCCAAUGUAACCAUAUUCUUCUGCUUUUUAUUAAACUGUCUGAUCAUUUAUGUGUAUUAUCAUUUGCACAAGAUGUGCAGGACUGUACAUUAUUUUAUUUUAUUUACAGAUUUAUUAAUUUAUGCAUACAAGAGCUGGGGUACAGGCCAGAGAUGUAAGGGGUGAGAGGAUUUACCAGAGACAGAGUGGGGAACAGAACAGGCAGACUGACAAAAUACUCUGCUGGGGGGAGUAGUGGGCAAGACAGGAGAGGUCUGCUGCGCCAUGCGGAUUGCUCCCUGGCCAGCCAGGGAUCAAACUCAUGCUGCAGAGGCUGCAGAUUGCUUCAUAGUGCAAUGCUUAACCCCUUGUGCCACCAGGGAGGCCCCUGUACAUUAUUUUAGAAGAAUAUCAGAAGGUACAUUUUGUGGGUGAGCUGCUCUCUUGUGGCACUAAAUCAUAUGAUGCAGAAAAUUAUCUAUUCCCCCCAGUAAAAAAGCCAGCCCUGCUUUCAUUCUUUCACGUUCUACUUUCUACAGUAAGCAUGCAAAUCAUUACACAUGAAAAACA